AUGUGUACACCCCUGUCUGCCAUGUGUACACCCCUGUCUGCCAUGUGUACACCCCUGUCUGCCAUGUGUACACCCCUGUCUGCCAUGUGUACACCCCUGUCUGCCAUGUGUCUCAACCUACAUGACAAGAGGUACGACCACCACAGCAACCUACACAAGAGGUACGACCACCACAGCAACCUACACAAGAGGUACGACCACCACAGCAACCUACACAAGAGGUACGACCACCACAGCAACCUACACAAGAGGUACGACCACCACAGCAACCUACACAAGAGGUACGACCACCACAGCAACCUACACAAGAGGUACGACCACCACAGCAACCUACACAAGAGGUACGACCACCACAGCAACCUACACAAGAGGUACGACCACCACAGCAACCUACACAAGAGGUACGACCACCACAGCAACCUACACAAGAGGUACGACCACCACAGCAACCUACACAAGAGGUACGACCACCACAUCAACCUACACAAGAGGUACGACCACCACAGCAACCUACAUGACAAGAGGUACGACCACCACACCAACCUACACAAGAGGUACGACCACCACAGCAACCUACACAAGAGGUACGACCACCACAGCAACCUACAUGACAAGAGGUACGACCACCACAGCAACCUACACAAGAGGUACGACCACCACAGCAACCUACACAAGAGGUACGACCACCACAGCAACCUACAUGACAAGAGGUACGACCACCACAGCAACCUACACAAGAGGUACGACCACCACAGCAACCUACACAAGAGGUACGACCACCACAGCAACCUACACAAGAGGUACGACCACCACAGCAACCUACAUGACAAGAGGUACGACCACCACAACAACCUACAUGACAAGAGGUACGACCACCACAGCAACCUACACAAGAGGUACGACCACCACAGCAACCUACACAAGAGGUACGACCACCACAACAACCUACACAAGAGGUACGACCACCACAACAACCUACAUGACACAACUUAA